AUGGCGUCCAUGGCCACUUUUUUCGCCCAAACUUCCUUCCCCUCCCACUCUCUCUCCAAAACCUUCGACACCCAUUUCGCCACUGCCCCCAAAGUCAACGUCUGUGUGAGUUUCAGGGCGAGGAGGCACGCGGGGUUGCGGGUUUCGAGCGGUUUGAUCGAACCUGACGGAGGGAAGCUGGUGGAGCUUGUGGUGAGGGAUUCGGAGAGGGAUUUGAAAAAGGGUGAGGCGCUGUCGUUACCGAGGAUCAAGCUUUCGAGAAUCGACUUGGAAUGGGUGCACGUCCUCAGUGAAGGAUGGGCCACUCCCCUCAAAGGCUUCAUGAAGGAAGCCGAGUUCCUCCAAACGCUUCAUUUUAACUCGCUCCGACUCGGCGAUGGCUCCCUCGUCAACAUGUCGGUGCCCAUCGUCCUCGCCAUCGAUGAUGCGCAGAAGCAUCGGAUCGGGGAUAACAAAAGGGUCGCUCUUUUCGAUUCCAAGGGAGACCCCGUUGCCAUUCUCAAUGAUAUUGAAAUUUAUAAGCACCCUAAAGAAGAAAGAAUUGCCCGAACUUGGGGAACCACUGCCCCUGGCCUACCCUAUGUUGAACAAACAAUAACCAAUGCUGGAAAUUGGUUGAUUGGGGGUGAUCUAGAGGUCAUUGAACCCGUCAAGUACAAUGAUGGCCUUGAUCAUUUUCGGCUGUCCCCUGCAGAACUUCGUUCAGAGUUCACAAGGCGCAAUGCUGAUGCUGUGUUCGCCUUCCAGCUCCGGAAUCCUGUUCACAAUGGCCAUGCUUUGCUAAUGACUGACACCCGAAGGCGGCUUCUCGAGAUGGGCUAUAAGAAUCCUGUCCUCUUGCUUCAUCCACUGGGCGGCUAUACCAAAGCCGAUGAUGUCCCACUUGAUUGGAGAAUGAAACAACAUGAAAAGGUACUUGAGGAUGGUGUUCUAGAUCCAGAGACAACUGUGGUAUCCAUAUUCCCUUCUCCCAUGCACUAUGCAGGACCCACAGAGGUGCAGUGGCAUGCAAAGGCUAGGAUCAAUGCAGGGGCUAACUUCUACAUUGUAGGUCGUGACCCAGCAGGCAUGAGCCAUCCAGUUGAGAAAAGAGAUCUGUAUGAUGCUGACCAUGGGAAGAAAGUAUUAAGCAUGGCACCAGGACUAGAACGACUAAACAUUCUUCCUUUCAGGGUUGCUGCAUAUGACAAGACUCAGGGUAAAAUGGCGUUUUUUGACCCUUCAAGGCCUCAGGACUUCCUUUUCAUCUCAGGCACAAAGAUGCGCACACUUGCAAGGAACAAAGAAAGUCCACCAGAUGGAUUUAUGUGCCCUGGAGGAUGGAAGGUGCUGGUUGAAUAUUAUGAUAGCUUGGUACUCUCGAGCAACGGCAAAGUGCCAGAAGCUGUUCCAGCUUAA